GAGGUGAUUUUGUAUUAGGAGAUAGAGUUGUAACUUGCAAUUCAUUCACCAAACCAGUCAAUUUGAAUUCUGAGGAAUUAGAUUUCCCUAAUUUUUCUCAGUGCACGAAAAGGGUUUCCAUCUUCUCUUUCUUCAAUUUCAAUGUCGGCCAAUUCGAACAGAGGAGGCUCCUUCUACGGUGAUGCUGCCCCUUACCGAUCAAGAGAGGGGCUCAGCACGAGAGCCGUUGGUGCCUCCGAUGAAAUUCAAUUGCGUAUUGAUCCCAUGAUGGACAUGGACGACGAAAUCAACGGUCUUCGUGGCCAAGUUAGAAAGAUGAAAAAUGUUGCUGAAGAGAUAGGCACAGAAGUAAAGUUUCAGAAGGAUUUUCUGGGAGAGCUGCAAAUGACAAUGAUAAAGGCUCAAGCUGGGGUGAAGAAUAAUUUAAGAAGAUUGAACAAGAGCAUCAUCCGAGAUGGCUCAAACCAUAUUGUUCAUGUGGUUGUUUUUGCCUUAAUCUGUUUCACUGUAGUGUACUUUUGGUCAAAGAUGUCCAGAAAAUGAGGACUCGAUGGGGUUUACUGCUUCAUCUUCCUGGUCGAAAGAUUUCACUUAAGGCCGACUCGCUGUGAUGCCUAAUUUGGUUGUAUAGAAAAGCUCCAUUGUCCAAGUUUACAGUUAAAAUAUCUGAGACUUUCGCUUUAUGUUUAUUGGACGAAGCAGUGGUUAUGUGUAAAAAACGAGAUAAUUUGCUUGUUUAGCAGUUUGUAAAGUCCCCUUUUUUCUCUUUAAAAUAUCACGUGAAUAUCUGAUAAAUGAAGUAGCAAG